UAUGAAUUGUUUUAGAGCUUUUGCCAUAUAUGAUAUUGAGUUAAGCUAAUUUUAUUUGCUUUUAAGAAGAGAUAUUGAAUUUAAUUCUUUAUGGUAAUAGACCAUAAAAGAGAUUCAGCAUUAGAUUAUAGAAUAAAAUGUAAUAGAAGAGAAGGUCUUUUUCACUCAUUCAUUAUUAGGUAAAGUGAGAGGCAAAUAUGAUUAUUUUACAAGUAUUAUUUAAUUAAUAUGUAUAGAUCGAUUGUUGAUAUUGAUAUCGCAUGAAUAUGUAGACGACAUUUUUUAAGCAGAGCUUUUACUUUCCAUAUAUGCAUAUUUAUGUGAGGUCCAAAACUAUAAAAAUGUAAACUUUAAGUUAUAUAAGUCAGCUCAAAAUCUAAGAGCUUGAAGCUUUGGAAAAGUUUAAAGUAGAAAAUUUGAUAAAGACUAAAGAAGAACAAUUAAAAAUGAAUAACACUUUCAAUAAUUCUAAAUAUUCAAGUUUAAAACCUAAUUUAGUUGAUUAAUAAUAUUAAAAAAUGUUAACUUGUACAACACUAUCAAGUGAAAAUAAUGAAAUAUAAAGUUUUUCAAGCAAAUAAUUAUUGGAUGAAUAAUAUAUGAAAGUAUUCAAAGGUUUUAUGUUGUAUGAUAAAAAUAAAUAGUAUUUUCUAAUGUUUGUAAGGAAAGGUUUUAAUAAUGAUAAAACUUGGAUUGAAGAAAGAGUUAGAAUUGAAAACAUUUUAUUAGAAACAACGUAAAAAACAUCUCAAAUAUUUUGUAUACAAAGCAAAUUCGGACAAUUCAUUGUUGAAUAUGAUGCAACCAUAAGUAUCUUAUUAAAUACUAGAUAGAAUUCUAUUUCAUACUUCUAUCUAGACAUAAAGCAGCUGAAAAUCCUCAAUAUUAACUUUUAUAAAGAAUUAAAAGUUUCAUUCAAUUAGAACCAAAAUUCCAUAAAGUAAGAAUAAAUUAUAAUAAAAUUAAGUAAAAAAAAGGUGAUCUUGAAAGUAAAUUACUUUAUGCUAUUAAUGAUAUUAUUGAUGCAGAAGAAAGAAUAUAUGUUUAAAGAUAUGGAAUAUAAUAUUUAGAUUCUAAAUCAUUGAGACCUAAAUGUUAAAGUGAAAAGACAUCUGUCCAACCCUCUCAAUAAUAAAUUCCUUCAAUUAGUGUUAUACCAAAUAUUUAAGAUUGCAAUAGUCUUCAAUAAAUAUAAAGUAAAUGAU